GGCGUUCCCAAAUGUGCGGGCUCCAUGGAGGGUGGGAAGCUGGGGGGACGAAACAAACACAACAGGCUAUGGACUCUAAAAGACCAACGCAACCAAAAACCACCAAGGCGACUGGUACAUCCCACGCCUCCCACAAAAAAUCCGCAACAGCGGUUCAGAGUAACAGCUCUAAUCAACCAGGCGACGGAACAACAACAGCAGGACCGUCUUCUACAACAAGCGUGAGCAAGAGCGACGAUAAACUGGUUCCGCCAAUAAUUACGCCACUCUCACCGCCGAAGAGAAUCGAUGACGACCUGUCUGCUGCAUGGCAGGUAGUCACAAGAAAAGAACGACCAAAAGCCCACAAAAGAGCUCCGGAACCAGAUCGCAAUGGUGCCUCCAAAGAGGCAACAAAUAAGAUCAAAAAAUGGAAGCGUCCAACCAAGACGCAACGACUCAGAGCGGCCCAGGAAAAGGCAAAGAAGGAUGCAGUACCUGGGGUUGCUGAGGUACCAACCCCUGAACAGGCGCCGCCCCAAGCAGGUCCCAGUGGUCAACAGGCAACUGGUCCAGGUCCUAGACCUCCAGAGCCGAUCGCUACCACCAGCAAGGAAGCGGCCCCGGUGAAGGGAAAGGUGCCCCAGCGACCUGGUAAAGAAAUCCGGGCCGAAAAAAGGGCACUCAACACCUCCACAUCACCGAGAGGUGACUACAAAAAACAAAAAAUAGACAAACAGACCAGGCCAGCAACGGUCAAUUACAGCGCCGCGGUUUCCUCUGAUCUAAAAGUAGCAAUAACCAGCGCAGGAUCCACCAACUUAACCAAGGAAGCAGCCAAUGCGUUCAUUCGCAAUAUGGUCCAGUCAAUGAUUUACACAGCCUGGAUACCAGAAGGCGGCAAUGAAGAGCAAUUGCCCGUCCUUGUCACCAAACCAGUUUACGUAGAGGGAGCAAUCCGGCUGACGUGUAACGACCGCAUGACUCUGUCCUGGCUGAAGGAGAUCAUAAAAGAUCCCAAAAUCUGCCAGGGCAGUCAGCUGGUCGUGAAACGGCAGGGGGGCCUCCCCCGGCGAGUACGCUGCGGUAUGUACGUCCCCGACGAGUUCGACAUGAUCACUGACACCCGUGACAUAGGACGUCUACUGUAUAGACAAAACAGAUGGAUCAACAUCAAAGAAUGGCUGUUUUUAGAUGGCGAAAAACAAGCGGAGGGUUGGUUUAUAAAAGUGACGAUCCCAGAAUCUCAGAUCCCAACAAUCCUGGAACACAACAGGCGCUUAGCAUGCACCAUUAACCAAUGCUAUCUUAAAUUCUUAGGCAAGGGGGGCAAGUACUACGAAACCCCCCAAGCCAAUACACCAGGACCAUCGGUGGAAAGACCCCAACAACCGGACCCAUCACUCCAAACUAGACAGGUAGUAGAAAAGACGGACUCUACAAAAAGCUCCACAGAGGAGCCCAAACAAGGAGACUCCAAAGAACAGGGAGAACCACUACCAGGUCCUUCGGGCAUGCAACAAGUAGCGUCCCCGUCAGGGGGGGACUCACUCGGUACUCUAUCGGGUGUCUCCCUCUCUGAAGGUGACGAUGCGGAAGCAAUGUUGGCUGGACUCUACCUAGAUGAAGAGGAGGAGGACAUUAAGGCACGUCAAAAUGCCGUCCCCUUCGUUGAAUAGCAACAUCUCCUUCAUUCAA